AUGGCGCCCCCAGGGGCCGUCACAGGGCGAAAGUGCUCCCAGGGGCUUGAUCGUGAUGUUGUUCAUAGUGAAUACGUCCAUCAAUCCCGGUCAGCAGUGCCACCAGAGGCUCUACCAGGGACGGUGGUGCCCCCAUUGGUCAUCCUAGGGAUGGUUCGGUCCCUCCAAGGGGCGGUGGUUUCGCCAGGCGUUCUCUCAGGGCAAACAGCUCCCCCAGGGCCCCUCCCAAAGUCAACUGCUACCUCUAGGACCCUUCUAGUGCCGGCAAAGCUUCCAGGAGCCCUCCCUGGGGCCUCAGCACCCCUAGGAGCUCUCCCAGGGGACCUCCCAGAGGCAAAGGCGCAACUAGGAGUCCUCCUUAAGGUCACCAGUGCCACCAGAAGCUCUACCAGGGACGGUGGCGCCGUCAGGGGACCUUCCAAUGGUGGUGCCCCUAGUGGUCAUCCUAGGGACGGCUGGGGCCCUCCAAGAGGCGGCGGCACUGCCAGACGUUCUCCCAGGAGCGAUUCCUUUCCAGGGGUGGUGGCGCCCCCAGGGACGCUCCCUGGGGUGGUGGCACCCAAAGAGGCCCAGCCAGAGGCUAUGGCGCCCCCAGGGGUUGUCCCAGGCCGACGGCGCUACCAGGGGCCUGAUCAGUUCUAA